AUGACUUUCCUGUCACCCUUCUUCGUGAUGACUUCUUUUAUCAUUCCUAUGUUGGCUAACCGUCUUUGUAUUUCUUUCCUUGUGAUGACUACUUUUAUUUUUCCUUCAUCAAGAUGUAUUAUUUGCUCUUUCCUUCCUCGGAUGACUUCUUUUGUUUUUCCUUCAUCAAGAUGUCUUCUUUCCUUUUUCCUUCCUCGGUAUGACAUUCUUCUCUUUUUCUUAAUGACUUUCCUGUUACCCUUCUUCGUGAUUCCAGAGACGACCUAUUUUGACUCUCCAUCUUUCUAUUUCCUUAUACGACAUAAUUUCUUCUGCCUUCCCAUGAAUAUCUUCUUUGUCCUUGAUUUCUUCUGUCUUCCUAUGGAUAUCUUUUUUACCUUUCUUUUUGAAAACGUCUUUUGUCUUACCUUUCUCGGAAUGAAUAUUUUUUAUCUUUUGUCUUUCCUUCAGCGAUAUAUCUUCUUUUGUUUUUCCUUCCUACAGAUGACUUCUUUUUUCACUGAGAUGAUUUCUGUCAUGUUUCUUUCCAUUUUCGGUAGGCGAUCUUUUUCUUUCCUCUUUUCUCUGGAGAGUUUCUUUUGCCUUACUUUUUCGUGGUGCUCUCUUUUGUGUUCUGAUGACUUUUUUAGUUUUUUUUUUCUCCGGGAUGACUUCUUUUACCUUUUCUUCCUUGGGAUUAUUCUUUUUUUCCUUCCCACCUAUAUUCGAGAUAACUUUUUCUUCUUCGCAAAGACUUCUCAUGGCUUUCCUUCCUUGGGAUGUCUCUCCUUCUUUGGAAUGACUUAUUGUCUUUCCUUUCUUGUGAUGACUUCUUUUGUCCCUCCUUCAUUGCGAUAUGACUUUGAUUGCCUUUCCUCCUUUGUAACGACUUUUUUUGUCUUUUCUUCCUUGGGACAAUUAGUUUUGGCUUUCUUUCCUCAUGAUAGCUUCUUUUGUCUUUCCUUCUUCCUGAUGACACUUUUUUCCUACCUCGAACUGAUAUAUUUUUUCGUUAUUCCAUAUGCAUUCUUUGACCUUUCUUUCCACGGGAAAACUUAUUUUUCUUUUUUUCCUCACGACGAAUUCUUUUGUCUGUCAUUCAUUUUUUUUAUCUUUCUUUCCUCGGAACGACUUCUUUUGUCUUUCCUUCCUUGUAAUGACUUCUUUUGUCUUUCCUUCCUUGGAAUGAACAUUUUUUUUCUUUGUUUCCUUGGGACGACUUCUUUUGUCUUUCGUUCCUAG